UGUGCCAAAAUGUAAACUCUUCCAUCAAUGACCAACGAAGAAGAAGUUGUGCCGCCACCGCACGGGUGCGUGGAGUCAACCGAUGUGGAUGUGGAGGUCGUUUAACUUGCGUACAACAUGUCUGUGUUGUACUCAACCGUGUGCCUGUGCGCCUAUGGCUUAUUUUCCAACCUGCGGCCCUCAGAACCUUUCCUUACCGCUUACUUGAUGGGACCAGACAAGAACCUGACGGAGGCGCAGGUUGUCAGCGAAAUCUACCCGAUUUGGACCUACUCCUAUCUGGCGUUGCUGUUCCCCGUCUUCCUGGCCACUGACUACCUGUGUUAUAAGCCUGUGUUGGUGUUGCAGGCCGCUAGUUUUGUGGUCACCUAUGUGAUGCUGCUCAAAGCACGCGGCCUUCAGGCCAUGCAGCUGCUGGAGUUUUUCUUCGGCCUCGCCACAGCCUCGGAGGUGGCCUACUUCUCGUACAUCUACAGCGUGGUCGAGCCCGAGCACUACAGGAGGGUGACGGGUUACUGCCGGAGCGUGGCGCUCUUCGGCUCGGCCGCGGGCUCGCUGGCCGGCCAGCUCCUCCUCACCGUGGCCGAGGUCAAACUGGUACACCUCGUGUGGGUCACGCUCGGGUCGGCUGUCGUCGCCUUUGUCCCGCCGUGGUUUCUUCCUAUGCCCAAGAGGAGCUUGUUUUUCCACAAGAAACGCGAGGGGGUGAAAGAGAGGCAGUGUGACUGCAACGGUGCCCUAAUCAAGAAAGUUGACAACAAAGUCCCGAUGGACAACGAGGACAUCUCUAUUGUGUCGCCGUCCUCUGAGGAGACCAAUUCAAGCUGCGGUCUCCAUGCAGUCUUGAAGAUGCUCUUGUCAGACUUCCUGCACUGUUACAGACGAGGGCCCUUGCUGGCGUGGUCCCUCUGGUGGGCGCUGGCCACGUGCGGAUACUUUCAGGUGCUCAACUACGGCCAGGCGCUGUGGGAGAACAUCCGGCCCUCCAGCGGCUACGACAUCUACAACGGCUACGUGGAGACCUUGUCGACACUGCUCGGAGCCGUGGCUGCUCUCCUGGUGGGCCACCUCCCUGUGCGCUGGACCGUGUGGGGAGAGCUGGCCUUGUGCGGCCUUUCGCUCCUCAUGGCGGCAUGCGUGAUCGUCAUGGUAACGCUGAAGAGCAUCUGGCCGUGUUACGGCGCUUACGUCCUUUUCAGAGCGACCUACAUGCUGCUGAUCACGGUCGCCACUUAUCAAGUAGCUUCCAGUCUUGACAUGCAGCGCUACGCUUUGGUAUUCGGCGUCAAUACCUUUGUGGCCCUGCUGCUGCAGUCCCUGCUCACGCUGGCGGUGGUGGACUCGGCCGGCCUGGGAUUGGAUGUCUUCACUCAGUUUUACGUCUACGGCGGCUACUUUGCUGCCAUCUCUACUGUGUUCCUCUUCGCCGGGCUUUGGAAACUGUCCACGAGGCGGAAUUCUGACCAAGAGGUCCUGUCCAGAAGUCCAGUAGAAUCAGACAGCACGUAAUAUUUUUAUUUAUUUUUUUUGACAGUCUAUUGUAGGUCAUACAACACACUGUACCGUCUUAGGUCUUUUUUUUUUUUUUUUGGCUUGUUUACAUUUGCCUAAGCACUUCUGCCAGUCACGAAACGCGAUCAUAGGUUUCAGUAUUAAACUGACACCACUGAUAUGAAAAUGUGCUAUUCCUAAAUACAGUGUCCCGUGUACUUCAAUGUUGUAUCAGCCAAUUUGAGGCCUUAGACUUGAAAGCAAUACUGUAUGUGUACUUUCUCAUGCUUUCCUCCUUCAUUCUUUUUUUAAUAUGAACACAUUCAAUAUCUUUUGUGUGGCUAAAAUUACUAGUCACAGCCAAAGAUGGUAUAGCAUUUACUACUGUAUAUUUGGUUAUGAAAUGUUUGGAGUGUAUUUUUGUACACGUGCACUAUUAAGAGCUUCAGAACAGAAUUAUGAAUGAAGAUAAAUAUUUUCGGUUACUGUAGUUUUUUUUUCUUACUUGCUGAGGUUACAAUUAAAAUGUA